UUUUCGUCGCCCAUCAUCCCAUGUUUGUCACAUCCAAUGGCGGUGGUCGUGUGCGUUUGCCAUGACAAUGACACUGCAAAUCACUGCAGACUCAAGGCUCCGCGACUAAGUACUUUUCGCUAAUUCCGCUCCGGAGCUUUUGCAGCGGUGACCGGAUCAAUCCAAAAUACGCUUCUUUCCAAGCUCACCCCCCGGUGUGUAACUCACAUUCCACCUACAAUUGGAUGGGAUGAAAUGGGCCUGUCAGAUGUUGCCCAUGACUGGGAACAACCCCACACGACACAAUUCCGUUCCUGGUAAGUCGGGUAGGUGAGUUAGGUUCGGAUAUUGGGGCAUGAUGCCAGAAUGCAGCCGGUAAACCUGAUGGGCACUGUUUUUGGAUUUCCCAUGUUAUGUUUUUUUCCCUCAUCUUCAUCUGUUUCCCUUUUCCUCUGAAGGGACUUCGAAGCUCCUUCCUCUUCCCCUGUUCAACCCUUCUUCUCUUCUCUCUUGUGCUGUUUUUCUGCUUUUGCUGAGGUCAACUAUCCUUCGUCAUGAUGUUGGGGGAUAUGACUCGCGCCAUUGGGCGUUUGCCCCUCCAUAUCUACAGGACGUUGCUCAACCGGUCAGUUUUUCCUCGUGCGCAUUUGCGUCAAUGUGAACUUCAGUAGACUUUUGCUGAUAUGGAAUAAUAGACAUUCGUUUUUUGGUCUACUCAGGUGUGUUUCCUUGCGUAUCCGGAAUUGACAAUCAAAACUCUUGCUAAGAUGGGGUGGUGUAGACAUAUACUCAUCAACAUGGCGUUUGUUCUUAUUUGGAUCACCACUUUCAAGAAUGGUAUGCGCACAACUUGACAAAGCCUUCAUCAAAGAAGAAAUCUAAUUUCCAUGUUCCAGCAUAUCGAAUAGACGCCUCUAUCCGACCCAAGAUCCGAGUAAAAUACCUCGAAGAAGCGGAUAAAAGGAUCUUUGACUUCACAUUCGAAGGACUGUGCGUCCAAAGUAUAUUCUCUAUCCUCGGAUACACCUGGAUGUACGCUCUCACCCGGCGCUCCAAACUCUCCAUACUAGCAGCCCUCCCACCUUUUGCACUCAACCUCCUCUACGCAGGAACCCACACUCUUUGCGCACCUCUAGAUGUAUUCGUACGUAUCCCCUGAUUCCACAAUUUCGAGUCUGGUCUAAUUUGUAUAUGCAAAUAGGCAUGGCUUUCCUACGGCGUGAUCCACUUCAUCUCCCCUUUCCUCGCCGCCUUCUGGCUGUGGCUAUUCGCCUCUCCAGGUGUGGUAUCCAUCUUCGCAUGGAGUUUUGGGAUCCAAAAUUGCUUGGGGAUAAUGACGCAUCUCUCCUUCCCGACCGCAGCACCGUGGUAUGGGGAUCAAUACGGCUAUCCUCUUCCACCAGGGAACUACAGCAUGCCUGGUUCCGCCGCAGGACUCGUGCGUGUUGACAAAGUCCUCGGGACACACAUCUACCAAAACGCAUUCAAAGCCAGUCCACUCGUCUUCGGAGCAUUUCCGAGUCUGCAUGGGGCAUUUAGUUGCUGUUGUUUCUUUUUCGUCGCAAGAUAUAGCCGAAGAGGGGCGGGGAUCCUGGGUUUCUACGUGUUGUGGCAGUGGUUUUCUACCAUGUAUCUACGACACCACUGGCGGCUCGACUUACUGGGAGGCUUGAUCUACUCCGCCUUUGUCUUCUCCAUUUUCUACCGGAGUCUCCAACGCAUGGAUAAAGCCUAUGCCCUCGGCGUCUCGGGCGGCAAUGGAUGGCAGCGGUUAUUCGAGGGAACGAGGUUGCAACAUGUCUUUGAUGGGCAAGCCGGGUAUGCACCUGUAUUCUCAUCACCGAGGGAGGGCAGUUUAGAUUUUGAUAUGCGGGAACGAGAUUCGGAUUCAGAUACAGACUUGGAGCAGGGGUGGGUUGAUGACCUGGGGUUUACUUGGAAGAGCAAAAUUCCUUCUACGCGCGAGAUUGUGGUUACGGGGAAG